UUAAUGUUGAUUAUAAAAAACUAUUAAUUUACAAAUAAUAAAUGCUUUGAAAAUAUAGGUUUACAUUAAAAAAUUUGUUUGACAUGGAGUUAACCAAGUUCCACGAGGUUGCACAAACGAUUGUGACAAAUGCAAUAAAGGAAUCAGCAAUCGAAAAAGAAAUUGAAGAAAUCGCGGGCUUAUUAAAAACGAUGGAAUUUGAAGUAACUAAGCGAUAUAAUGGAUCAAAGGAAAAUGGCUUUAUACUUGGUUCAGUGGAGGACUUAAUUCAAAUUCUUGAAGACAACAUAAUCAAACUUCAAACCAUGAAAAAUUCAAAAUUUAUUGAACCAUUUUUGAAUAAAGUCAAAAAAUGGGAAGUAAUUAUGCGAAAACUAUUAGAAGUGAUAGAAGUCUGGACUGAGCUAGAAAAAAAAUGGCUGUACUUAGAAGAAAUUUUCAUUCGCAGUGACAUAAGAACUCAACUUCCUAACGAAGUCUCAAAAUUCGACGAAAUAGAUAACACUUAUAAGCAAACAAUGCUUGAUACUUCAAAAAAAUUAAAUGUUUACGAUUGUUGUAUGAUUGCUGGCCGUAAAGAAGCAUUUCUAAAAUUGAUUUCUGACCUUGAUAAGUGUCGGAAAUCAUUAUGUGAAUAUCUCAAUACCAAACGAAUGGUUGUUCCAAGAUUUAAUUUUUUAAGUGAUGACGAACUGCUGGGAGUUUUGGGUCAGCGUGGGCCAGUUGGAAUUCAAAAAUACAUCGGAAAACUAUUUGACAAUUUGGAAAAACUUCAGCUUGAAGAGCAGAAAAUAAAUGAUGUUACAAGAAUUAUUUGUACUGGUAUAAUUUCUUGUGAAAGUGAGAUAAUGGAAUUCAAAAAUCCCGUAAUUAUUCUUAAAAAUGUAGAAGAAUGGAUGGUAAUUUUACUAAAGGAAAUGAAGUAUUCUAAUCGAUAUCUAACGAAAAAAGCGACUUAUGAUUAUGGAAAAUCAGAAAAAUCUCGUAUUGAAUGGUUGCUUACUUUUCAAGGUAUGAUAAUAUUUGUAGCUAAUCAAAUAUGGUGGACGGCAGAAAUUGAAGAUGUUUUUCUAAGGAUAAAACAAGGCGAGAAACGAGCUAUGAAAAAGUAUUUAAUACAACUCAACAAUCAGCUGAAUGGAGUAGUCAAACUUAUGGGUGAAAAGUCUCUAACCAAUAAUGAUCGCAAAAAAUUGGAUACUGUCAUAACCAUUGACGUGUAUGCUCGCGAUGUAGUCGAUGAAUUUGUAAGAGAUUGUAUAACUAACGCUGAAGAAUUUAAGUGGGAAAGUCAAUUGAGAUUUUACUGGAUUUGUAAUUUAGACAAUGUUUGGAUUAACCAGUGUAUAGGAAGCUUUGAAUACGGUUACGAAUACAUGGGUUUAAAUGGAAGACUUGUUAUAACUUCUUUGACAGAUCGAAUUUAUUUAACAAUUACGCAAGCCUUAUCAAUGCAUUUAGGCUUAUCUUUGACAGGUCCAGCUGGUACAGGAAAAACUGAAACAGUAAAAAAUUUAGCUAAAACAUUUGGUCUACUAUGCAUUGUCACCAAUUGCAGUGAAGGGCUGGAUCACGUUUCUAUUGGAAAAAUUUUAGGAGGAUUAAUACAAUGUGGCGCAUGGGGUUGUUUUGAUGCAUUUAAUAAUAUUGAUGAAUCUGUUCUCUCUAUUAUUUCGAGUCAUUUUCAAACAAUACGUUCAGCGCUACAACAAAAAGCAACGAGAUUUAUGUUCGGAACUCAAGAUAUUGGAUUAGAUUCAAAAUUUGGAGUAUUCAUUACUAUGACUACAAGUGACGAUUAUCGGACGAGGCUUCCAGAAUCAUUGAAAGUAUAUUUCAGGCCUAUAGUUGUGAUUAUACCCGACAACGAACUGAUUUGUCAAAUUAAACUCUUCAGUGCUGGCUUUUUAACUGCAAAAAUCCUUGCAAAAAAAAUGACUGUGUUAUACAGUCUCGCAAAAGAUCAAUUGAGUAAACAAUCACAUUAUGAUUUUGGACUGAGAGCUCUCAUUUCGGUUUUGAAUAUGGCCAGACAUUUGAAAAAAAUAUCAGAGUUACCAGAAAAUGUAAUAUUGCUGCAAGCUUUGAAAGAUAUGAAUCUUCCUAAAUUUAUUACCGACGAUGUUCCCAUUUUUCUUGGUCUUUUGAAAGAUCUUUUUUCCGGAUUGGAUUGUUGUAAAAUAGAGGAUCCAUUGCUUAAGAAGUCUGUGGAAAAUGUCUUGGCGAAUCAUGGAUUCAUUAUUUUACCUGAGCAGGUAAAUAAAGUUUUACAACUGUAUAAUUUAAUGAUGACAAAACAUGCAAUAAUGAUUGUGGGUCCUACUGGAGGAGGAAAAUCCGUAAUUAUAAAGACAUUGUGGGAAGCACAGAAAAGUUUGAAUAACCCAAUAAAAUGGUAUGUUCUGAAUGCUAAAGCAUACACUGUGUCUGAACUUUAUGGAGCUCUGAAUCCCCUUACUCGCGAAUGGAAUGACGGACUUUUAAGCAACAUUUUCCGUAAAAUCAAUGAUCCUUCUGAUUCUUCAUUACAAAAUGAAAAAACAUGUAUACUUUUUGACGGUGAUGUUGAUUCUUCGUGGAUAGAAAAUAUCAAUUCAGUAAUGGAUGACAAUAAAACUUUGACGGUUUCAAAUCAAGAAAGAAUAAAGUUACAGGAUAACUGCAGUUUAAUUUUUGAAGUUGGCAAUUUACAAUACGCAUCACCAGCUUCAGUGUCACGUGUUGGAAUGGUUUACGUUGAUCCAGAAAAUUUAGGAUACAAGCCGUAUGUUGAUAAAUGGAUUAAGAGUCGAUGUGAAUCUGAACAAGAACAUUUGAAAAUAUUGUAUGAAAAAUACAUUCCUGGAGCUGUUAAGCUGAUUAUUGAUGGAAUGUUAGGCUCACAACAAGUUAACCCUUUGCAAAUGAUAAUUCAUCAAAGCGCAUUAAACUUGGUUUCUCAAUUGUGUAAAAUGAUAGAUAGUCUUUAUCCAUCUUGUCAUAAAGGAGAUUUGAUAUUGGAGAAAUAUGAUAGAGUAUCAGCAAAUGACGAGAAACUCUGUAUUCAUAAAGCUGGAGAUAAAAAUGAUUUAUUAGAAGCAGUGUUCAUUCAAUCAUGCUAUUGUUCUUUGGGUGCUGCUCUUGUUGCAGAAGCUCAGUAUAAAUUCGAUGAUUACAUAAAGAAAACAUCGGGGUUAAUGAUGAUUGAAGACACUCCAGAAAAAUUGGCUACCAUAUAUCAUAUUCCUAUAACAUGUCUAUUGUUAUACGACUACGUUUUAGACGUAGAAAAUAGAGUGUGGAGAUUUUGGAAAUCACUUAUUCCUCAAUACAUUCAUGAUAGAAAUAAAAAUUUUGAUGAAAUUUUUGUUCCUACAACUGACACGUUACGCGCAACCUGGUUCAUAAGAUUAAUGAAUAAUUUAAAACAGCCUGUUUUGUUGGUUGGUGAAACUGGAACUUCGAAAACUGCAAUUGUCGAAGACUUUUUGAGAUCCGUUGAUUCGGAAAAAUUUGCUCCAUUGAAAAUAAAUUUUUCACUGAGAACAACAUCGAUGGAUGUUCAAAAAAAUAUUGAGUCUCGUGUAGAAAAGCGGACACGAGAUUUAUAUAGUCCGCCAUUAGGAAGAACACUUUUAGUUUUUAUUGAUGAUAUAAGUUUGCCAUUGUGUGAUAUGUAUGGAACUCAACAGCCAAUUGCACUACUCAAACUUCUUCUAGAAUAUGGUGGUUUUUAUGAUCGUCACAAAGAUUUUAACUGGAAACAAAUUAAAGAUAUUUGGUUUUUAUCAGCGAUGGAAGCAAGAGGAAAAAAUGCUGUUGAUCUUCGAUUUCUUUCUCUACUUUCUAUUUAUAGUAUUUCAUGCCCGAACGAUACAAACUUAAAUUAUAUCUAUACAAGUAUUUUAGCCGGACAUCUAGCAAUAUUUUCGGAAAAAAUUCAAGCCAUUACAAAUCUUCUCAUCGAAAUAAUUGUAGAAUUAUAUAAAAUAAUAAAUAGUAUUUAUUACCUACGUAUUUAUUACGAUUACGCUAAUAGUUCAUCACGCCAUUGGUCUUAACCCUUUCCCGGUUGAACUUGAAUCCCUACUUUUAACUUGAACCGUAC